AAAUUACAAUAAGAUAGACAUACAAAUAAUGGUGUGACAUUGAAAUUGAAUACACCGAUUGCCAUAUCUGAAAAUCAGACUGAGAAGUGAAAACAAGAUGGCGUCACACACAAUUGAACUUUUGAAGAAUGAGAUUCCUCUUGAGCAAGAGUCAGUGGUUUUAGCUGAAGACACAGUAAAUGGUCUUGUUCUUGUUGAUAUCAUAAAUGGCUUCUGCACAGUUGGUGCUGGAAAUCUGGCACCAAGAGAGCCCAAUAGACAAAUUUCAGAAAUGAUCAAUGAAUCAACAAGACUAGCUAAGCUUUUCUGUGAGAAGAAGUUGCCAGUUAUGGCUUUCCUUGAUUCUCAUCAGCCUAACAAGCCAGAGGACCCUUAUCCUCCUCACUGUAUUGCUGGGACUCAUGAAUCAAAUCUAGUUUCAGAAUUGAAUUGGCUAGAGAAUGAAACCAAUGUAACAAUCAGACGUAAGGAUUGUUUUGAUGGAUAUGUGGGAUCAAUAGAAGAAGAUGGUUCAAAUGUUUUUGUUGAUUGGGUGAAGAAUAGGAUCAAAACUGUGGUGGUGGUAGGUGUAUGCACAGAUAUAUGUGUUCUGGAUUUUGUAUGCUCCACAAUAUCAGCUAAAAACCAUGGUUUGCUGAAGCCUCUAGAAAAUGUGGUGGUAUAUUCACAUGCUUGUGCUACCUUUAAUUUCCCUCUUGAGAUAGCCACAAAUAUCAAAGGAUCUUUAGCUCAUCCUCAGGAGUUUAUGCAUCAUGUAGGUCUGUAUAUGGCCAAAGAACGUGGAGCCAAGAUAGCAAAAGAAGUGUUGUUUGGUGCAGUAGACAAAGUAUAAACCUGUUGUGAUAAACAAAAUUCUCUAAGAUGCAUAUAUAUUAUGGUUCGGUUGGUCUAAAUAAGUAGCAAAUGGUGGUAGGGGACAUAUCAUCACAUGCAAAAUAUAAGCAGCACCUUCGUCCCUCCGUCGACUGUAUGUACGUCUUGCGGUGGUUCAAUCUUUUAUCUUGUCUAGAGAUUGUACUUGCUUGUUUCUUUUGUAAUGUUUUUCUUCUUGAAGGAACCAAUUGAUUAUGUC